AUAGAAAUCCCCUACUCAUCUAAAACGCAUUAUGAUUUUUCGCGCUACACUGGUUAAACUGUCUUGUUUCUGAAGAUUUUAUAAAAUACAUUGCCCAAGGAAGCGUUUUAUUUGAAGUUUGUAUUCUGUUAUGGAGGAAUCUUCGUCUAUGUACAGCUAUUUCUCGUGGUCUUUGGAGUUGUUUGGAAUUUUAUCAUUAUAUUCAUCGGUUGUAAUCCCGUUUGUUUUGCUGAGUAACUACUUCAGGAACAGAUACAAAUCGCACAUUUCCAACGACAGCACGGGUUCUUGGCAUGCAAAAGCAAUGUACAUAUGUUUCGUACCUGACGUUUAUUCUAUAGAACACGUUCAGAAUGAAGUGGAUCUACCGAUCCCGAUAGUUAUGUCUACAACGCGACACGGACUGCAUUCAAAGCUGACAUGCUUGGAAUGCAUCAAUUCCUAUCUACAUUUCAAUCGUAGUACCUCUAGCAGGACUUCGAAACAAUACUAUAUAUUAUUGGCAUUUUGCUUUUUUGGUCUACAAUCGUCCUACUUGUUAUGGGGAGUAUUACAAGAGAGAAUUAUGACCAAAAUGUAUGACAAUGAGAGGUUUAAAAAUCCACAGUAUCUUGUUUUCUGUAAUCGUGCAAUGGCAUUAAUUAUUUUGAUACCUCUACACUUUCUACAUAUUGGGUUACUUGUUAACCCUUGGAAAAAAGGUCAAAAAGCUCCCUUCAUCGAGUUUGCAUAUGCUUCUAUCAGUAAUGUGAUCAGUAGCUGGUGUCAGUAUGAGGCCCUCAUUUAUAUUUCCUUUCCUAGCCAGGUUAUUCUUAAAGCCUGCAAGGUUUUACCAGUAAUGUUUAUGGGUAGAUUUAUUCAAAAGAAACUGUAUAGUUGGCAAGAAUAUUUUACAGCUGCUAUUAUUUGUUUGGGUAUGGUUAUGUUUUUUUACACUAAUCCUGGACAAACUCAACUUUCAAAUGAAAAGAUUGAUAAUACUCAAUUUCUAUUAUCAUUUAGUGGAUAUCUAUUGAUUAUUGGCUAUAUUGUUUGCGAUUCCUUCACAUCAAAUUGGCAAGACUAUAUGUUUCAAACAUAUAAACUCACUUCUUUACAAGUAAUGGCUGGUGUCAAUAUAUGGUCUAUAUUUCUCACUUUAAUCUCAUUAAUUGUACAUGGUGAAUUAAUUUCAAGUAUACUAUUUGGAUUAAAUCGUCCUAAAUUUAUUUUCGAUGUUCUAACAUCAUCAUUAUGUUCAGCAUUUGGUCAAUUGUUCAUUUUCCUUACUUUGUCUCAAUUUGGAGCGGCCACAUUUGUAUUAAUCAUGACAUUAAGACUUGGUCUAUCUAUGAUACUUUCAUGUAUUAUUUUCUCUCAUGAAUUACAUCCGAUUGCUAUAUGUGGUGUAGUGGUUGUUUUCUUUGGUUUAUUUUCAAAAAUGUUUUUGCGUCAGAAAAAACCUCUUUCACUGGAAAUUUGUGGUAUACCUGGUGGUAAGUGAUGACUAUCGAUGCAUUAUUAUUUCCUGUUUAAGUUAUUCCUCUUCUCUUUUUAAUAUUCAUUUCCUUUUUUCAAUUUCGUUAGAAAGAUUUCCAUGUUCAUAUGCUAUUUGUUGUACUUCUUGUUUUAGGAACCAGAAUUCUGUUUAUUUGUAUAUAUACAUAUAAGUAUACUUGUGACACAUUAAGUCCCUCAUUUUCGAUUCCUGUCAGAUAGGGAAUACAUUCAUAUUCUAAUACUUCUUACAAAUCAAAGUUAUUCGUUGUCUGUGAUAUUUUAGCUUACUGCCUUAUUAUGAUGUAUGUUUUACACAUAUCCAAAGAGAAGAAAUUUAUUAUUAUUCGUUUAUUUAUUUUGUCAUGUUAUUUUCCUCUUUCUAUAUGUAUUGUCGAGUAGUUCUUUGAGUAAAUUGUACUUAUGAAUAUAUUUGUAUGGUUUCAGGUCUUUGUGUUCUAACUGAGAUACUUUCACGUUUUUGUUUAUUAUUUUGUUACUACAAUUUACCUAUAGAUAUAGACACUACUUCUACAUUGGAAACAAACCAACAAGAUUGACAUAUGUUUCUAUCCUCUAGUAUUUUAGCUAGACGUAUUAUUGUUUAUCGGACGAUGGAGAAACUUUUAAAGUUACUGUUUUAUACUAACCAGUAGUUAGUUCCAUUAGCAAUUUACUUCUUUAGAUUUACGUUGACCAUUCCCAUCACCCUGUUCGAGUCGUAGUUUUCAAAUCUUUAGUAAUGUGAUCCAACUUGAAGCAAUCUCUUACUCCAUUUCAUUUUUGUAAGAGAUUUCGAAAUGAAGGCAGUCAUUAAAGGUGAACUUCCGUUUGUUUUAUAACGAAUAAUAGUUUUAGGGGAAGAAAACACAUCAAUUGUCAUUGUAUGGAGUCUAAAGAGGUUUUCAUUCGAAUUCCAUGCAACAUGAUACAUAAUAUGUCGGUCCAAGGUUGACAUACAUUUAACAAGUAUGUCAUCUGACAACUGUGCGUUAAAUAUGGCUACUAUUUUCACCAAUACUGAUCUCUUGUAUCUUUUAUUGGAGCUAGAUAAUAUAAACAACUAUAGCUGAUUGUUUACAAUUCCACUCAGUGCGCCUAGCUGAUCAAGGUUAUGUUGAUGAAAGGUCUCAAAUUAUUAGAAAUUAAUGAUUCUGUGAAUUUAUAUGUUGACUUGAAAUAUAGGAUUAAGGUUCAUUUCGAUAAACUAUACAGAAAUGUUUGAAUCAACACUUCCCUAAUAUCCGUUAAACCAUACAUCAUUUUACUGCUACAUAAAUCUUCCUAUUUACACUGACUUGUUGCUCAAAUAAUCACCCUAUGGUCAUCCAGUUAGUAUAAUUAAGCCGUGUAUAUAUAUGUUUAGUAAAAUAAGCAGUCACAACCGAAUGCAUAUACAUCAAGUUGAUUAUGCCUGUAAACUGGCAUGAAUUCUGUAAUUAUUAUUUUAAGGAUAUAUUAUUUAUUGUAUUCUGAAUAAUAUAAGCUGCUAAUUUAUCCACUUAUAAUCUGUAUAGUUCUUCCCAGUACUAUAGAUUUUAUUCAGUAUCCAAGCUACAUCGUUAUAUUAUUAAAAAGACAUAUUGAGACAAAACGAUCUGACUUUAAAUAACAAUUCGAAUGAAACAUCUUGGAUUGGUGCCCUAGUUUCACCUUACUGCCAUGGUAUAAGAAAAAAAUUUAAAUCCAUUUUGGAAAGAGACAGAAUUAAAGAUUUCUAUAAAAUAAGCAACGCUUUUAAAUACUCUAGCUCGAACUAGUAAAAAGAUCUCACUUAUAUAUACAGAAAACUGUUUGGUUGUAUCGAUUGUGAUGCGUUUUACGUUAGAGUCCUCGUAAAAUUUCGACUUGACUCAAAAAACUCUUGAGCUACACAAAAAGACUUCACAGUCCCGUGGAACUGAGAAAUCCACAAUCUAAAUGGGCAUUAGCAGUAUAUAUUAUAUUCGAUGACCACCAAAUCAUUGUAAAGAAUAUCCAAAUAAUUCAGAAAGGUUUUUCCAACGAUAGAAAAGGCGAGUAACCGAAGCGUUUCAUAUAAUGCUAAAUCCCUUCCCCUCAGUUAGAAAGAAGUUAUACCUAUUCAUUCAACUUGGACUCUGUCCAAACAACCACAUUUGACUAUUCAUUCGUCACACGACCUGCACACACAUCAGCAAUUUCAAACUUAAUGCUUCAUAUAACAAAUUUUAAAUUUUUCUUACCCAUCUCAUACUGAAUUACCUUGAUUAAAAAUAACAAUUACAUGGGCACGUUCAUACCUAUUAUGGUUUUGAUUGUACUAAAGAUAUUCUACUUUGCUUCAUUUGUACUAUGUAAACUUGUUUCAAUUUUAUUUCAGUCAUUUAUUUAUAUACUCUGAAGAAGUGACUUAAAUCACACUAUCAAGAAUACAGAUUUCAUUAGGAUAUCACGAAAAAUAUAUUUAUCAUUUAAAUAGUUAUUGUUUUUAUAAGUAGUUGUGUAGUAAUAAUUUCUAAUAAACACGUUUUUA